GUGUCGAUGAGUCAACACUGCUUGGAAACCCUCUCAACUUUUCCCACUUGAAAAAACCCCCAAAUCCCCCCCAAAAACAAAUUUUGAACUUUUUGAAUUUGCCGCCAAAAUUUUUUUUUUAAAUUUCAACGAAAAAAAAGGAAAAAUGUUUACCGAAAUAAUUAGCCACUCGUCGGAAGAUGCGACGGCCACUUUCGGACACGUUUGUUUCGACGGCCUGGUCGAGAAUUCGUCCGUCCAGGCCCCGGCGUCGUCGUCUUCACCGGUGAAAUUGCCGCCGUUGAAUCUUUACUGGCCGCCUCAUCAGGAGCCGUUGGCUGCCAGCGGCCGUCCGUCCAUCAUCGAAGAUCCCCUGUGCAGCAUGCUGGACGACGUCUUCAUGGACAACUAUUGCGCCGAUUUGGGUCCGUCGCAAUUCAUCGACCAGGAGCUCAAAGAGGAGAACCUCAUGGUGGACUUGACCAGUCCCUUGCACGACCACCACGACUCGAGCGGAUUCUAUUCCGGCGGAUUCGGAUGCAGCGGAAGCUACAGCGGCAGCGACUGGAUCAUCAACUCGCCGGGCACGUCGAGCGUCAGCACCUGCGGCGACGGCGACAGUAUGACGCAAUCGCCGUUCAUGACGUCACCGUCGCAGUACCACCAGACCUUCCAAUUCCCGCCCGUCCACCAGCAUCAGCCGGACACGGAAGACUGCUGGGCCGGCCGGCUGGAGGGCGGAGCCGAAGAAGAAGAGGAGGAAGAGGACAAUGUUGGGGAUGACCAAGAAAUCAGGGUCCUCCACUGCCGCUGGGUCGACUGCAAGAGCUCCUACCAGACCCAGGAGGAGCUGGUCCAGCACAUUGAGCGCAGUCACGUCGACCAGCGCCGGGCUGAGGAUUUCACCUGCUUCUGGGCCGGCUGCCCGCGUCGCCACCGGCCCUUCAACGCCCGCUACAAGCUCCUCAUUCACAUGCGCGUCCAUUCGGGCGAGAAACCCAAUCGCUGCACGUACAACGGAUGCCUCAAGGCUUUUUCGCGUCUGGAGAAUUUGAAAAUUCACCUGAGGUCACACACGGGCGAGAAACCUUACCUGUGCCAGUACCCGACGUGCCGGAAAACCUUUUCCAACAGCUCCGACCGCGCCAAACAUCAGCGGACCCACAUCGACACGAAGCCAUACGCAUGCCAAAUGCCCGGCUGUUUGAAGCGGUACACGGACCCGAGCUCGUUGCGGAAGCACGUCAAGAAUCACGUGACCAAGCAGCUGGAUCAGCACAGCAGCGGCGGCCACGUUGAAAAGAGCCAACCUCGCAACAUAGCCACUAAUACUUCUGCCAACAGCGGCGGCCAAGAGGCCGGCAUGAAAUUGUCCCGCCGAGAGUCCCGUCACGGCUCCACUUCAUCAUCCGUCAACAGCUACGAAGAAUCGCCGGCCGACUGGGAACAUGGCGCUUUUGUGGGGUCGGUUCAUAAUGAAGGCGACUAUUACGGUGGUGGGGAAGUGCUGGGCAGUUCGACGGCCAACUCGGAAGACUCGACGGCCCAGCUGCUGGAUGAAGGCAGCCUCCUCUUCUCCGAGAUGAACCGCUUCGUCCACGACGACAACGGUGGUUGGCUGUUCCCGGCCAUUGGCGACGAUGUGGAGCGCCUGUGUGGUCUACCAUCGUCCUGCUUUGUUUAGACAACUGCUGUAUGCUGCUGCUGCCGGUCCGGCCGUUUUUCAGUGUUUAUAUGAUGAUGAUGAUGUUGAAACCUUUUUUAUUUUUUAAAUUUUUUCUCGUCAAUUUUCUCUCUCACUUCCACUGCCAUAUUGGUCUUUCAUCGUAUGUGUUCUGAAGAGAUUAUUUCCAUUCGUAGAUUCAAAAUGACCGCGCGGCGCCUGCUCAUGGUACAAUUUGAAUUUGGCGCUCCCUAAUAUAAAAGAGAAGGCGUGUGCUCAUCAUUUCUCUCUCUCUUCAAAACAAUCCAAUCAGCUUUUUCAAUAUGAUCUUUGUUUGUACAGUUGCGUCACAUAUGAUUGACAAUUUUUUUUUUCAAAUGAUUUCGAUCUUAAAAAAAUAAUUAAUGAACUUGACCAGAUCUCAAAAUCGAGUCUUUCGCGUUUUUCGGCGACAAGUCUCGCGUUCGUCGAGCUACUCCAGUGAUUUUCACGUCGUCUACUACUAUAACUUUUUUUUGUUGUCUUAAUUGCAAUCGUUUUGUUGACCGUUCUAGCGCCAAAGUCGAACCCGAUUCUGUCCUUCUCGUCUCUUAUGUAACGUUUUGCGAUAACAAAAAUAUGUUCCUGAUUUUUUUCUCUCCUUUUUUUGAAAAUCCAAAUUGAAUUUCGUAUAUUUUCCCGCUGAAAAAAAAUGAAUUUUUUUUUUUAAUAAUCGCUCGCAUGUUUGUUUCCGUGUAUUGCUGGGGUAUGCCACAAUACGUAUUAUACGUUUCAACGUGCCUAUAAAUCACAUUUGAUGGGUCCCAAAUCCUGUCCGACUAUAAAAAUCGUGUGACAUUCGCGGCCUUAAUUAUAUGUCUUUCAAUGCAAUUUCCGCGCUAUACUGGAUCGGCGGAUAUGGAUUUCGAACAUAAAAUCCUAUUCGAUCGUUUCAUGGCGUCCAAUUGAAAUCCUUUAGUAAUUGCCAAACUGAUUUUUUUGUUUUCCUAUCUAGAAUUUCUUGAUAAUAAAAAAAAAGUACUAUGCGAUGUUAAUUGCUCAAAUGGUGCUCUCUAUCACUUCCGUUUUGAGUGAGUUAUAUGUGCUGGUCUGCAAUACAAGUUCCGGUUCGUUUUCUUA